CGACAUGGGGAAGAUGGCGGCGGCCGUGGGCUCUGUAGCGACGCUGGCUGCAGAGCCGCGGGAGGACGCCUUUCGGAAGCUUUUCCGCUUCUACCGUCAGAGCCGCCCUGGGACCGCAGACCUGGGAGCGGUCAUUGACUUCUCGGCGGCCCACGCAGCCCGCGGGACGGGGCCUAGUGCCCGCAAGGUGGUUAGAUCUCAGCUGAGUGUAUCUUCCGUCAGUGACCACGAUGCACAUAGAGCAGGACUUCAGCCAGUCAGCAAGUGGCAAGCCUAUGGACUCCAAGGCUAUCCUGGAUUUAUUUUUAUCCCAAACCCCUUCCUCCCAGGUUACCAGUGGCACUGGGUGAAGCAGUGCCUUAAGUUAUAUUCCCAGAAACCAAAUGUGUGUAACCUAGACAAGCACAUGACCCAAGAAGAGACUCAGGACCUCUGGGAACAGAGCAAAGAGUUUCUGAGGUACAAAGAAGCAAAUAAACGGAGACCCCGAAGUUUACUAGAGAAGUUGCGCUGGGUGACCCUAGGCUACCAUUAUAACUGGGACAGUAAGAAAUACUCAGCCGAUCAUUACACACCUUUCCCUUCUGACCUGGCUUUCCUCUCAGAGCAAGUAGCUACAGCCUGUGGGUUUCAGGGUUUCCGAGCCGAGGCAGGUAUCCUGAAUUACUACAGAUUGGACUCCACCCUGGGAAUCCACGUAGACAGAUCUGAACUAGAUCACUCCAAACCCCUGCUGUCUUUCAGCUUCGGACAGUCUGCCAUCUUUCUCCUGGGUGGCCUCAAAAGAGAUGAAGCGCCCACAGCCAUGUUUAUGCACAGUGGUGACAUCAUGGUAAUGUCAGGUUUCAGCCGCCUGUUGAACCAUGCAGUCCCAAGGGUCCUUCCAAGUCCUCAAGGGGAAAGCCUGCCAUGCUGCCUAGAGACACCUCUCCCAGCCAUCCUCCCCAGAGAUUCAGUGGUAGAGCCCUGCUCUGAGGAGGACUGGCAGGUGUGCACCAGCUACUUGAAAACCGCUCGUGUGAACAUGACUGUCCGACAGGUACUGGCCACAGACCAGGACUUCCCUUGGGAAUCCAUGGAGGAGAAGAAAAGAGACAUCACCACAGAAGGUUUCUGCCACCUGGACGACAAGAAUUGCCAAGUAAAACGAGUGAAGUUAAACCCUGACAGCUGAGACUUGGAGAGCCCGUUCUUUUCCUCAGGCAGGUCUCACAGUAAAUGGCCAUGCUUUCUUGUAUUACCAUAGACUCUAGCAUCAGGACAAGCCAAAAAGACAGGGAAAAGCUCAUCAUGGAUCAUAGUGCUGCCUUGGAACCCAUCCUGAAGAGUAAAGCAGUUAGCCACUUUGCUCAUGUUGGACAUGGUCCAGUCUGGUUAGAUGUUGGCACUAAUGUAUGUGGAAGUCCAAGGAGCUUUGACCUUCCAGAAUAGCCUUUCCAGCCUCUGCCAUUACCUCUGAGGGAGGUGGGAGUGAGUUUCCAUGUUAUUGGAGCCUUAAAUACCUCAGAUUUAUUAAUGGGAAACCUGACACCCCUGCUGCUACCCCAUCUAGUGAUUUGUGGUAAAACUGUGGUUCCAGGAACCAACCAUUAGUCUCACCUUCGUUGUUCCAGCCAUCCAGUGAUCUUUUCUUCUGUCUUCUCUGGCUUUCACAGAAAAGUCCCAUACACAUUAAGACAAUGGAACUAGAAACCUCAUCUCCUAAGAAAGAAAUUAAUCACAGCUAUCUCUCUUGCCUAAAAGAUAAAAUAUAUAUAAAGCCAAGGGAAGGGGAGCAGUAGUUUCUCCAGAUUUCUUUUAGGUCUAAACUCUUCCUGUUGGCUUUUUAAUGCAAUUUUAAUUGUUGGACUAAAAAAGCCCCAAGGGUGUUCAGUAACUGUUUUCUCCAUGAAUAAACUUUCUCUCCUUUAAAUUAAAGAUCUAUAUCUAUCUUUGAGGGUUAGCGAAUCUGGGCUUCGUUUUUUCCUGUUUUGACUUGCUGUGUUGUUCAUGCUGUGGGAGCCCUCCAGCUGUUCUGCCCUGUGCCAUCCCGCUCUGGCCUAAGUCUUCUCUGUGACUGUCUCACAGGAGAGAAUAUUCUUUGAUAUUCCAGUCACUGCUGUCUUUUGUGAUUGUGAGCAGCUUGAAAAAUGCAUGAUGCACCAAGUUUUAAUCUUUGUACCCCCACCAGCUUGACUCACUGUACCCUUAGCUGAGCUGCUUUACAUUUCUCAGAGCCUCAGUUUCCUCAUCUAUGACAUGAAGAUAGUAUUUACUACCAUCUUCCAUUUCAAAUGAUAAUGGGAGUUUAGUGCUCCUUUCUAGAAACAUGGUGUCAGUAUUUUAUUACUGCAUGGACUCUUAGAAACAUCGCCUAUUGUCUGUGUGGACGACUGGCUGGAAGCCACUUGGAUACCUGCUGCUUGCGACAAGACUCGCCACGUCUGUAUGUCUCUGCCGGCCUUUUUUCUUCUUAGGAACAUUACAUAUUGAGUUCAUAUUUUGAUACUUGUUUUUUAAGAAAUAAAAAUUAAUACAUUUGUCCCUUACGUCUAAAUGACCUCAAAACUUAGUGCGUGAUGGGAAAAUUUUAGAUAAUUAAAUUAUUUUAAAUAAUUAAGUUUAAAUGUUUAAAAUUACCACUGGAAAAAUCCCUUAUGUUUUCCAUAGUGUACAUCAUAUGGUGACCCACUGGAAACCCACAUCCUCUCAUUUAGCAAAUCCAGUAGGUCAGCCCAUCCUUCAGCAUUAGAAUAGUUUGCUCUUUAGUCAGUUGAGUGUCAGAUAAAGGUGCUAACUUGUGUUUAGGAAUAAUGUGGUGCGAAAAAAGUACAUAUUCAGACUGUAAACUGACACUCCAUGAAGCGAGAUAUGUGUGCUGUGAGCAGCCUAUAGAAUCAGGCCAGCCAAGAGAAGAGCAGAUUCCGAUCUCCCAGCCUAUACACACUCCCUCAAGGGAUGUGCUGAUUGAGUUGGCCAGUGAGGAAAAUUGUUUACACCAUUAAAUUCUCCCGUCUCUCUCAUUUUCAUUUAUUUUUGUGAGGAACCUAUAGUUGAAGAUCUAUAAUGCAGUUCUACCUUCACAGUAAGCAGAAAAUGAUGCAAUUGAGGAAAAAGGAAAAAUUGGUGAUUUUUCCACAUUUACAUGAGGAUGAUCCGCCAAGGUUUGUUUUAGUUGUCCACCAGACAUUUUCUAUGUCAAGAGGCAGCAAAUGCUGAUGGACCUCCUGUGUUUGUACUGCCCACGGACUAAAAAUAGUUUUUACAUUUCUAAGUGGCUGGGGAGAAAAAGUCAAGAGAAUAAUAGUAUUUCAUGAAAAUGAGAAGAAACCAAAUUUCUGUGUCCAUAAGUAAAGUCUUAAUCGGAACACAGUCACACUUAUUUAGAGAUGACCUGUGGCUGCUCCCUCACACUUGGGUGACAGAGUUGAGUAGUUGCCGCAGACACCAUAGAGCCUAAGUGAUCUGGCCUUGCACAGAAGAAAGUGUUGGUGGAUGCCGGAGAAAGGAAGCUAGACCCCUAGACAGGAACCUCAAAUCAGGGAAAGGGGCCAAGGAGAUUUUUU